AUGCCCUUCCCCACAGUAACUACGCCGGUGACGCCCACUCCCGUCCGACCCCGCUCCGUGAGCGGUCCGUCUUCGUCGCGGAUGGACGCACUCUCCGCUUUGAAGAACAUCGAGCCGAACCUGAUCAUUGAUGCGGCACCCACACCCAUGGCCAAGAAGCUGAGCUCGGUCGAAAAGUCGAAGCGCCUAGCAGCUUACACCGCCGUUGACAAGCACAUCCUACCUGAACACAAGUACAUCGGCAUCGGAUCAGGAUCAACUGUACCCUACGUUGUCGAGCGCAUCGUGUCUCAAGGACAUGAUUUGAACAAAACCCGUGUCUUCAUCCCCACUGGCUUCCAGUCGAAGGAACUCAUCGUCAAGGCUGGGUUGAGGUUGGGAGACGUCGACCAGUAUCCGACCCUUGAUGUGACUAUCGACGGUGCAGACGAAGUUGAUUCCGACCUGAACUGCAUCAAGGGUGGAGGGGCCUGCCAUCUGCGCGAGAAGGUACUGGCGGAGGCCGCGAUUACCUGGGUUGUCGUCGCGGACUACCGCAAGAACUCGAAGAUUCUCGGCACUACCUACAAGGUCGGUGUUCCAGUCGAGGUUGCACCUUUCGCGUACGCAAAGCUGCUCGAGAACUUGCACACACUGGGCUCGCCUACCGCACAACUCCGCAUGGCCACGCACAAAGCUGGCCCUAUCGUGACGGACAACGGUAACUUCGUCAUCGACGCCCCCUUCCCGCCCGAGUACAUGAAGGAGCCAUUGGAGCUCCUCACUCGCAUCAAGAUGUUGACAGGUGUGGUCGAGGUCGGUCUGUUCUGUCACAUGGCGCGGGCCGCCUACUUCGGUAACGAGGACGAGAGCGUCACCAUACGCCCGCCCAUGAACUCAAUGGCAUGCAUAUCAACGGCAACGGCAAUGGAAACAUUCACGGUUCUGCUAUCGCUGAAGAGGACUAGAUUCCCUGGCAUCAUCUGUAUCAUAUCAGACAAUGUACUCUCUAUACCGCCUCCUACGAGUGGUUGUAUGUCAUAA